UGCUGAAAAUACUGGUAAAAGCACAGUGCUGCUUGCUUGGCUGACUCCACAGUGAGCUUUGGAGAGGCUGGUGUCAGACCACAGUGCUUAAAAAGUGCCCCAAAACUCCCGGCCCUAAGAUACACAUGCACACACACACUCCUCCUAGAAUCCCCCUCUCCUCCAUCACAGUGCUGUAGAGUCCUGAGCAUGGGGAAACACCUUCUCACCACUGGACACACACUCUUACUCAGUCGACACACACUUUUCUACUCUUUGAGCAUGUGGACGUACACACUCCUACUCACAGAGCGUUUGAUGAUGAGAAGAGCCUUGACACCGUGAAGCGCAUACCGGUACUUCAGUUUCUCCUGAAAUCCGGUAGGACUUAAAGUUACUUGCUUUGGAAAUACUUUGUUCAGAUGUUUGUUUACCAUUUAGUCAUAUACAGUACUGUCUGAAUAUAUUUAUAUACUUGUUUGUGUUGAUUGCAAGGGACAACUAACCAGCAUCGUUGUAUGGAUAAAAUGUUUUUCUCUUCUCAAGUGUUGGUUCUGGUGGGGUCCUCCGUAUCUGUUUUUGUGAAUUAUUGUUUCAUUGAAUUAUUUACUUACUUGCUUGACUGCGUGCUCGAUUGUGUUUUUCUCCUCAAAUACUGUUUCAUAGCUUUCAGUCAUUGAUUUGGGCAAUAUCAAAUGCUGAGGGAAAUGUUGGAAACAUUCUUUGAUUUAACUUUAAUCCCUCAAUAUAAAUUACUCAUAACAUUACAUUUUAUUUAAUGACCAAUGUAUCUUAAAAUGAAUUGUUAGACAAAUACAAACGUGGCCAUAUCUGCAGUAAUCUUAUGAGCUAGUUGGAGACUUGUUCCAAAGCCAAAUCUCUCCUUGGCAGUUCGGUACUCCUUUUUGUUUUUAAUUGCAAUAUUUUGGAAACAUGAUGAUUUAUUACAACAUAUGUCAGACUGUUUGAGCUGGGAUAUUUCACAACACAUCAAACACACGUUUGCUUUUUUGGGGUUAGGUCAGUCAUGUCUUACAAAAAUAUCAAAAUAUGUCAAGAUCGGUUUAGACAACGAUAACAAAUAAUACAUUUUCAGCCAAGGCAGAGGGCGAGAACGUCCAUACAAACCAAUGCAGUCCAUUAGAUCAGAAUGCUAACAGAGAACUCUGGGAAAUAUCAGAACGUUGACACAAGUUCUUUGGAACACCAUGGCCAUCUUCUGGUUCUCUUCCCCAAUUGGCUGCCUUUGAACCGGCACUCUCAUGACACAGUACCUGUGUAGAUGAGAGGUGAAUAUCAUUUAAUUAAAGAAAACCUUUUACACUAAAUAAAGAUAAGCACCCUAAACAUACUUAGAUUAACAGCGAGACGUAUGUUUAGCAGGUUGGCAGAGGUUAAUCGUUUAAACUUCAGCCAGCUGAUAUCCAGGGUAGUCUGGUGUGUGUCUCCAUGUGUUAUUAUGACUGGCCCUAACGUGGACGCUGGUCUGAACCCUCCUACUAUUCCCCCUUUUAGCCCUGGGCCUGGUAGAGAGGAGAGAGAGAGAUCGAGGAGAGAUCUCUCCAUCACCAGAUCUUCAGGAUGAAUAAAACGUGGAUGAGUGAGGUGGCUUAGAGCACAAUGUCUUAACGCUGUGCCACCGUGUGUAUCGUGGAAGAGGUCGUAGAGCAGAUUCUGGCGAACCUUAUCCCCUGACCCCUGUGGUGUGGGGGGUGAGUUUAGGGCAAUGCGCUGCCCCACCCUGCUGGCCCUGCUGGCGGGGGUCAUGCUGUACCUGGUGAUGGGGGCGUUGGUGUUCCGGAACUUGGAAAGCCCCAAGGAGAGCAAGGAGCAUGAGAAGCUGCUCUGCACCACACGUGACUUCCUCGGAAACCACUCAUGUGUCACUGCACAGAACCUCAGCGACCUCAUAAAGAGUGUGGUGAAGGCAGUGGAGGCAGGCCUGGACGUAAAACACAGCUCCACCAACUUCACUAGCAGGUGGGACCUGGCCAGCGCCUUCUUCUUCUGUGGUACCAUCAUCACCACCAUUGGGUUUGGUAACCUUUCUCCCAGGACCAAAGGGGGCCAGCUGUUCUGUGUGUGUUAUGCCCUGGUAGGGAUUCCCAUGUUUGGUUUCCUGCUGGCUGGUGUUGGGGACCACAUGGGGACGGGGCUGAGGAAGGGCGUGUGGAAGAUGGAGACGCUCUUCCUGAAGCGGCGGGUCAGUCCCACCUAUGUACGGAUCAUGUCUGCUGUUCUGUCCAUCCUGAUUGGCUGUCUGAUCUUCCUCGCCGUGCCAACGCUGGUGUUUAAGGAAGUGGAGGACUGGUCCUUUCUGGAGGCGCUCUACUUUGUGGUCAUCACCCUGACCACGGUCGGCUUUGGAGACUAUGUAGCAGGUGCUAACCGGAGGGACGGAGAUCUGUUUAAGCCCCUGGUGUGGCUCUGGAUAGUGUUUGGCCUGGCUUACUUUGCCUCCAUACUCACCAUGAUCGGGAACUGGCUGCGGGUGCUGUCCAAGAAAACACGUGCUGAGAUGGAGGAGUUGAGGGCCCAUGCUACAGACUGGACCCAGAACAUCCAGAAUAUGUCCAUGGACUUCCGGAUCCCCAACCCUCUGGACCUCAACGACCCCUUCCUGCUGCAGCGGCGCCGCUGGAAACGCAGCACCCGGCGGCGGGUCCGCAGGGGGGCGCUGGGGCACCACGGCAGGCAGGGCGUCAUAGGGGAGAACGGACAUCUGCCCAAUAGGUGGGUCUCCCACACCCGCUCCAUGACCCGUCUGGAGGUCGUGAGGUUAGGGGGGGGCGAGGUUAGGAAUGAGGGGACGAGGUUAGGACCAGAUUCCAGAGUCAGUGCGAGGUCAGAGGGCAGGUCGUUGGGCCGGACGGUGGCGAGGUCGCUGUCGAUGCCUGCGGCGCGCUCUGUGAUGGAGUUAGAUUAUGUCCGUGAUCCUGUUGCUAUGAUGAUGCUGCAAGGGGAGUCUGCGUUUGAGUCUAAGUCGCUGUCCGAGUCUCCAGAGUCUGACUCCAGAUCAGAAGUCUCCUCCUCUGACAUGUGUACACCGGGGCAGGGAAUAACUUUUGCCAGUUUUGACGCCAGUGGGUCUCUCUGUACUGGGGAGAGGGGAAGCCAGGGAGGAUCCAGACAGGUAUUUUUACAGGAGGAUGUCCGGUUCCCUGUGCCUCUCCAGCAGCUCCCCAAGUCCCACAACCCCACCAAGCCCAUCCCCAUGUUGCCCAUAUUCUCUGUGAAACCCAUGCCGCUCCCCAUGCCCAACCCACCAGGCUGCAAAAUGCUAGAUUUCUUCGGGGAGACCUUGGCCUACAUUGACGAGUCGUCGGACACGUUGAGUGACAGGAACCAGCCCAUUGAGGGGGCUGUCAGUCCUCGCCCUCGUAAGCCCCGCAGGAGGAGCGUAAGGAGGCAGCUGCCCCACCGGAGCACCCUGAAGGAGAGGGACAGUGACAUGCAGCCCCCCCUCCAACCCCCCGACACCUCCCCCUCUUUCCCAUCUCAGAGACUGACACAGUGACAUGCAGUCCCCCUCCAACCCCCCCCAACACCUCCCCCUCUCUCCCAUCUCAGAGACUGAUGAACAGUCUGACAGGCACAGGUCAUGAAGGGGGAGAGUAAGGCUGGUCUUUAUUACUAGUGUUCACAGGAGAAGCAGACCUCAAAGCUCAGAUGUACUUAUAUUAUGUACUGGGGAUAAAGGCCAACAAUAUUCUAGAUCUCACUGACUGAGGACCAUAGUCGCCAUUGAGAUAUAUUUGUAUGAAAACUAAUGCAUGUAUUCAGCAGCACAGAUAUAGAAUAUAUCAACUGUCUAAGCUCAGUCAAGUCAGACUCACUGGGUUGAGAAAUAGCACCAUCUCCUGGCUGGUAAGUGUAGUACAACAUCUCCUCUGCGAAGGUGUAGCCUGCUGUGCUGUCCGCUACUGGAGCUCAGCCCAAACCUCAGUCAUGGUUUUUAAAUCACUGACUAAAGGACUUUUUUGAAUAAACAUGUUAGAUCUGGCUUCAGACAUCCAUUUCUCUGUAUAUCCCAGUGUCCUUCAGCAUGUGGGAUAUAUAGUGCUCUGGUUGAAUAAGGGCCGUUCCACAACAGGAAUCCUUUUUGGGAAGUGUAAUUUGGUGCAAAACAUUUUACUUUACAUUAUUUUAACAGUCUGUCAUAAAAAGCAGAGUUCAACUUAAUAAAUAAAAACCAUGAUUUUUAAGAGGUUAAAUAAAUAAAAAUACUUUAAGUGCCAAAUAAAGUAACAGGGUUGACCAUUUCAUCUUAAAUAACUGUACCUCCUCACUGACUGGAUUAGGUAUGUAAGUUUUUGUGUGCAGCAGACAGGGGCAAUUGAAUAGAAACUUCCCAAAAACUUGUAUAGAUAUUUCCACACUAACAUGAUGAUAAUGCCCUUUUAGUGUUAGAGCUGUUUGAAAAUAAA